AUGAGUAUCGCUCUAGCAUCCCAGGUCAUCGGAUUUAUCUCCUUCAGCAUCACACUGGCAACGUUGUUGGGGGUGUAUCGGGAUCUUAUAUCCACGAUGCGCAAAGCUGACACAGCCAUCCCGCUCAUGCUGGGCAACCUUCGACAGGAGCUCGAAGAAGAGAGAGCUCUCCUCCGCUAUCGAUGUCGCGAAGGGGACCCAUACGGCGUCUUCCCUUCCCUGCGCAAAAGGACACGGAAGCAGCGGGAAGUCUCUCAACUCCUCCAAACGUCAAUCGAAAAGAUAUGGCAACAGUUCAAGAACAUCGAACGUCCAUUCCUCAUUGCGAACUCGCUGCGUGCAGAGCAGGUCCGGAAGGGGGAUUACUGGGGUGAAAGCGAUAUUGAAGAGAAACCCCGUGCCAGACCGGACAAGACCAGGACAAGGGAUCGAAUGGAUUUGGCGGAAGCUGGAUUUGCUUCAGAUCAACAGCCUCGUUACUAUCGGACAGACCUCACUCAUCGUUUCAUCUGGUGGCAGAGUAUAUCGGCUGUCGAGGACAUGAUGAACCAAGUUCAGCGUAUUCAGAUCCGCAGGAUCGAAAGAGACGUCUUUGAGACCGACGAACUGGUGAGGCGCUGCUUGAAUACGCUAACAGGCCGAAGGGGCCGUGGCGGAAGCGCACGUGGCAGUUCCAGCAGUAGUGGAAGUGGAGGCGGCGGCAACGGUGGUAUCGGAGGCUUCAAAAGGCGCAAUGUCGACGUGCAAGUGCGGCUGGUGAAUAUGUCCGAGAGGUUGAAGAACGGGAAGUCAGACGGGUACGUUCGGAGAGUGUCAGAUCUCGAGAUGGUGAAACCGGCAAUACAGGACAGCGUCGCAACCGAAGUCCAGAACCGCGUGAGCCUAGGCGGCGAGAGCGGAUUGUGCCGAUGA